AUGGCCAGAUCAGUGCCUUUAUUGGUCUCUCUCAACCACCAGCUGGUUGCUCUCCAAACCCUGCAGCUCUUGCACCACCAGCAGCAAGGUGAGGAUGCCAGAGCCUGCCAUCCCCACUACAAAUUGGAUCAGGCCUCUCCACCGCUCAGCACAGGUAUGUAUGGCCCGGCUCUGCAUGACAUGGGACAGGGCCAGGAUGCAGCCAGGUCUAGUCAGGCUCAGGAGCAGGAGGAAGGCAGAAGAGCAGCAAGCAAAACCUCUGAGGAGGAAGAAGAAUGUGGAUCCCAGGCUCUUUCUAACCCAGGUGAGCCCGGGCCAAAGGAUUCAAGACAGCUGGGCCCAGCCAGGCCCCGAACACUUGCACAGAUUGCUGUGCACAGCAUGCUGUCCCGAAUAAUAGAUUCAACAUCCCAGCUUGUCAGUGUGGAACAGACUCUCCUGCUCCUUCUGUUUCAGGAACAUCCUUUUCCUAUUCACCUAAAAGAUAGCAUUGAGUUUAGAAACAUCUGCAGUCGUAUGGCUUUACAGUUGGAGGGGCAGCGAUUUGACAGAGACUUACAUGCAGCACACCAGUGUUUGAGGACCAUCGUUGAGAAACUGAUUCAUUCACUUGCAGUUUUCCCCUCCGAUUUGUAUGCCAUAGCCCAAGCUUCACUGAGACAAAUCCUACAAAACCUCCCAGAGAUGUGA